AUGGCUGAGCACGUCGGUGUCCGCCACUUGUCUUCUUUCUUGACUCAGGUUUACGACAUGCUUGACGACAACGGUACUUUCUUCCUGCAGAUCGCUGGUCUCCGCAAGUCCUGGCAAUACGAGGACCUGAUCUGGGGUCUUUUCAUGAACAAAUACGUCUUCCCCGGUGCUGACGCCAGUACUCCUCUCGGUUUCGUUGUUGACCGCCUCGAGGGCGCUGGCUUUGAGGUCAAGGCUGUUGACACCAUUGGUGUGCACUACUCUGCUACCCUCUGGCGCUGGUACCGGAACUGGAUGGGCAACCGCGACAAGGUCGAGGCCAAGUACGGAAAGCGCUGGUUCCGCAUCUGGGAGUACUUCCUUGCUUCCUCCACUAUCACUUCCCGCCAGGGUGGUGCCACCUGCUGGCAGCUUACCCUUGUUAAGAACAUCAACUCCACUCACCGUAUUGAAGGCAUCGCCACUCAGCACGGUCUUGCUGGAGCUCGCCAGAGCGCCAUUGACCGCGCUGGCACCCUUCCCAAGGCCCACAUCAUCAAGAAGGACCUUUGA